AGAGCGGUGAGCGUCUGGUUGCCACCUUAGGGAAGUGAGAAGCCCGAAUGAGGUGCAGGAGAGAAAACUUAACUGGGGUGCAGAAGUUUCUUCUUGCACUUCCUCGCAGGCGCAGUUCGCUCGUGGAAUUGUUCAGAUUGCGUCGAACGAAAGGGCGCCGUUGUAGAUGUGCUGACCCACAACUACAGUUACGGGUGGGAGGCAUCAGGCUGGGAAGGAUGAUUUCCUGAUCAGGUCAACCUUUUCUUUCUAGAUGAAGUACUUUAAUGCAAGAUGUCAUCAUCUGAAGAGAAAAGUGCAAGUCCUGUUCUACCAAAAGAUUCUGAUCGAGGUAGUUCUGUCUCUUCUGAUCUUCAGGAUGAAUAUGAAGAAUUGCUUCGUUAUGCAGUAGUUACCCCUAAAUUUGAGCCAAGUGGAUUACGACAAUCAGAUCACAUGGAGGUUCAUCAGAUACCUGCAGGAAAGAGUCCAGGAAUGAGUAACUACAGGCAUGAAAGUGCAGGAGUGAAAUGGAGAUGCCAUGGAAGAAACCCAGAACUUGCAGCAUCUAGCCGAACAACAAGGAUAGCAGUUUCAGCUUCAGUAAAGGAGUCAGCUCCUAUGAAUAUGGAAGGACUUUGCCCAAUCCGUUCAGAAGAAACUUCUUCACCAGGGUCCUCAUCUUGUCAAAGAGAUCUUCAAGGGACAUACGUAACUGACAUGAGCCUUUCAGAUGAUAGAGUGACCCACAUAGAGAGCAUUCUUGACCUAUGGAGUGGCAGCCUUAAAACUAAUGUUUUGACUGAGCUGAGGAAAUGGAAACUUCAUUUUAUUGAACAUCAUACCUUAGAGAUGAGACAAGAAAGAGAAAAGCAUGCAGCUGAUAUGAGACAAUUGACUAAUCAGAUGGAGAACUUGAAGGAAUUGCUACAUACAUACGAGAUUUCCUUAGGGAGAAAGGAUGAGGUAAUUGCAAAUCUAACAAAUGCAAUUGAGAAACAAAAGGACAGGAUAGAGUUAAUGAAAAAAUUUGCAAAAUGGCGACUUCAGCAUUUUUUGGGCAAACAAAAGGCCAGAGAAGAGUUGUACGCAAACAAACUGGCUGAUCGGCUGUAUAAAUUAGGCUUGUUGAAGAAAGCCUGGGCGAUUUGGCGAUCCCGCUUUAAUGCAAAAGAGAAAGAAAGAAUGGAAAAGGCAGUUCAGUCAAGUGUGGAAUCAGUGCAUGCGGCACUCAGCAAUGAGUAUGAAGCCAAACUUCAAACGGUAAAUAGUGCACUUGAGGAGGCCAGAUCUGAAAUUAUUGAACUGCAGAACCAAAGACAAGAUUAUGAAGAUGCUAUGAAGAAGGCUUUCAUGCGGGGUGUCUGCGCACUGAAUUUAGAGGCAAUGAGCAUGUUCCAGAGCAAAGAUUUCAAACUUGACCAGGUGCGAAGUCAGCUUCAGCCUGGCCCAUCAGUUAGAUCAAGCGUAUUUCGUCAGCAGCAGGAGCAAGUAAACAGUGAAGUGCGAAGUCAGCUUCAGCCUGGCUCAUUAAUCAGAUCAAGCAUGUUUCGUCAGCAGCAGGAGCAAGUCAAUGAUGAAGGGAGAAAUCAGCUUCAUUCAGGCCCAUCAACCAGAUCGAGCGUGUUUCGUCAGCAGCAGGAGCAAGUCGAUGGUGAAGGGAGAAAUCCACUUCAUCCCGGCCCAUUAAGCAGACCGAGUAUGUUUCAGCAGCAGCAGCAGCAGCAGGAGCAAGUUAACGGUGAAGGGAGAAAUCCGCUUCAUCCUGGCCCAUUAAGCAGACCGAGUAUGUUUCAGCAGCAGCAGCAGGAACAAGUAAACGGUGAAGGGAGAAAUCAGCUUCAUUCAGGCCCAUCAACCAGAUCGAGCGUGUUUCGUCAGCAGCAGGAGCAAGUAGACGGUGAAGGGCGAAAUCAGCAAAAUCCUGGCCCAUCAAACAGAUCGAACAUGUUUCGUCAGCAACAGGAGCAAGUCGACGGUGACGGGAGAAAUCAGCUUCAUCCCGGCCCAUUAAACAGACCGAGCAUGUUUCAUCAGCAGCAGCAGGAGCAAGUUAACGGUGAAGGGAGAAAUCCGGUUCAGCCUGGCCCAUCGGUUAGGUCAAGCAUGGUUCAGCAGCAGCAGCAGGAGCAAGUAGACGGUGAAGGGCGAAGUCAGCUUCAUCCUGGCCCACCACCCAGACCGAACAUCUUUCGUCAGCAGCAGGAGCAAGAAGAUGGUGAAGCAGUUGAUCCAUCAGAAAAAAGAGCAGAAUCUGGUGCUGGCACUGGUGGACCUACAGCAAAAUUUUCUUCAUUUCAGUAUGAUCAACCUAUGCCAUCUACUUCCUCACUGCCGCAACCACCACCUCAUUUUGCUCCAACAACAGCUGGCUGUACUCCUGCAGAAGAUCUGUUUUCUUCUCACCAAGGCCAUGCAAUAACAUCUCAAACCAGAUUAGACUCUGCUGCUGCAUUAACCUGCAGUGCUGCUACAGGAUCAGGAUCGGGCACAAUGUGCAUUUCAAAACUGCCCAUGACUAGGGUGGUAACAUCAGGUCAACAAAAGGCUGGAAGGACAGUCACUGCAAAAAUCACCGGUCGUUCAGAUUUUGCAGCAAAGAAUCGUAUUUGCAGUAACUUAGAUGUCGUGGGUGUUUCUCCCCCCAUGAAUUCUGUUGUGGUAGAGAAACAUCAUCCCGUCACUCAGCAAACUGUAUCUCAAGCUGUUGCUGCUAAAUAUCCCCGAACUGUGCACCAGCCUUCUAAUGCUAUUGGGGUGAGACAUCUAGGACACAGCGGGAAAACUCCUGCCCACACUCACAACAUUCAGUCAAUAAAGGUAGUGGAGUAGGUUAGCUGGUUGAAAUGCCUGUACUUUAUUUUAAGCACAUAGAGAAAAUUUUCCAGGUUAUUGUUUAAAAUGUGCUCCCCGAUGUUUGCAGAUUAAUAGAAUAAUAACCCGAGAAGCAUCAUGUUUUUCCUCUCAAUAAUAUUGUACAUAUAGAGAUAUUUUGAAGUGUAAAAAGUGGGCCACUGAAGAUGGCACAAUGUAGUUCUGUGUAACUGCAAAUAAGGUAUACUUGAAAUUUUCACUUUCUUAAACUUAUUUUAUUAUAUAUGCUUAUUUAACGUUUUUAAUAAAAAUGAAGCACUGAACUUGUAUACUCUAAAAGGCAUUUCUGCUUUAUAUGUGAAUAAGAGCAUAGAUCAUUUUGCCACAUUCUGAAUUGCUGUCUAAAUUAUCCAUAUAACCAGACUUUACAUUCAGAAUUUUGUUUUGGUUCUGCUAUAUUUUAUCUUCAGCCAUUCAUAGAACAGGAACAUUACAGAGAAAUUUCAUUUUGUCCAACAUAAAAGUGGUUUAUUAGUCUUACUUCACUAUUUCAUCGUAUAUAAAUCUAAGGACUUAUUGCUGUUGCUGUUUACUCCAGUUGUGUGUUUUCAUUAGUAAUAUUCACUGACAUCUCAACCCCAUUUGUACUUUCACCAAUUAUUCUACAGAUUCCUUCAGUGUAGCUUUUAAGAAUGUAUAAUCCACCCCCCCCCCCGGGUGGUGGUGGUGGUGGGAAGAAAUGUGAAAUUAGUUAUCGUAAUACCCUAAAUCUAGAUGAAUAAAUAAACACCAACGUUUACAUAAAAUAACAGUGCUGUGAGUCUUCUCCAUACUGGGAACAAUAUUUCCCAUUGCAAUUUGCAGUGGGACUAUUGAAGAUUUGCCGUUUUGUGUUCAUGGAUUUUAUCUUUUAGCUCCAAAGGCUAUUCCAUCCUUGCUCUCUCUUAUGCUACUGUAAGGAGACCUCAGUAAGCAUAAUGGAAUGUCAGGACUGAUGUCAGUCUUUAGAAGAAGACAAAGAAGCAGCAGUGAAGAAAGCAGAGGCUGCGGUGUGCUAAUGAUGCUAACUAGGAUCUCUCAAUCUGAGAGCAGUUGCCAGGAUUCUUCCAGUCAUAUUGCCCACCCUAGUGAUCAAAUAGGGGUGCCAGUAGGGGAAAACAACCUGCUACAUCAACUUGCUUCUCCCUAAGAUUCCCUUGAAUUUCAUGAAACCGAGCAUUUCUUGGAUUCUGUGCCAGCAUUAUUUUCUGCUCUGAACUUUUCUGCAAGAGGAUAUAUUCUUGUUAGAAUUCAGAAAAUACAACACGCCUUUAAUCUUUUUGAGAUGUAAAUAGAUUCAGACAUAAUAUUCAAAGUUUAGUAGCCACUCAAGACCAUCUGCUGCAAUUUUAAACAAAAUAUACAUGUAGCCGUUUAAAAUUAAACUAAAAUCAUUACCGAUUGAUGAAGCUGAAACAAACCUGUCUCAAAAUAAACCUGGCUUCUUUGCUUUUAUUCUAGGAAGAAAUUGGCCCGCUUACUACCACUUCGUUUCUUAUAAGCUUACAAAGUCAACAGGCUUUUCAGUUGCAAUUCUGUGCUUUCCUAGAAAUAAUUCCAUCAAACACACUGAGCGUGGGUUUUGCCUAGAAAUAUAUUCAUAGUUAUCCAUA